ACACACACACACACACACACACACACACACACACGCACACACACACGCACGGAGCAUCCUCCUGUCAGGUCUUCUGGUCCAGCCCCGCCCGCCGCAUCUCCUGCUUCCUGCAAACCUUCUCCUCUGUCGGAACUCCCCCCACCCCACACACACAUUCCCUCCGGCUCCAGGAGCCCCUUCGCCGACCCCUACCCCUACUCCCGGGAUGGAGAGGAUGCAGCCAGCCCGGAGCCCCCCGCGGCCAGGGUGACAGUCCCCCGCCUCGCUCCCGCCUGGCCCCCGCCCCAAGCACCAUGGGCCUAAGGGGUUCCCGAUGCGCCGGACGCUGAAGAUGAAAGAUGCUGGAGCUUUCUUGAGUCAUGGCUUCUUCAAAGCUCCGAGAACCUGUGGAUGAGGUUUUUGACUUGGACUUGGCCGUGCCAGAGACCGUCAGACUGGAUAGCAGUUUACACAAAGCCCGGGCCCAACUGCUGGCCAAGGGCCGGAGACACCGGCCCUCCCGCUCCAGACUUCGGGACAGUGCCAGCUCCACAGAGGACGGUGAAGGCUCCGAUGGGCCCGGAGGCAAGGAAGGCAAUUAUCCCCAUCUUCCAGAUGAGGAAACUGAGGCUGAGAGGCUCACUAACAAAACCACGGUGACCGACGGCUGCGGGAGCCCCUUGCACAGGUUGCGUUCGCCUCUGCACUCGGGCCCCGGGUCCCCGGCCGGGGGCACCUUCUGCCUGGAGCCCCCAGGGUUGCGGCGCAGCCUGGACGAGGACGAGCCGCCGCCCUCGCCGCUCGCACGCUACCGGCCCCUGCACAACGCCGCCUCGCACGAGGGCCUGGCCGCCGCCUCGGGCUCGCCGCCCCGCUCAGCGCCCUCGUCCGACAGCUCGCCCAGCUUCGUGCGCCGCCACCCCCGAGCCGAGCCGCACAGCGAAGAUGACAGUCGGGAUGCCAGCCCACCUGAGCCCGCCAGCCCUACCAUCGGCCUGGAUAAGAAGACGCGCCGCAAGUUCCUGGACCUGGGGGUCACCUUACGCCGAGCAUCCACGAGCAAGAGCCGGAAGGAGAAGGGCAGCAAUCGCCUGUCCAUGGGCAGCAGGGAGUCGGUGGAGGGCUCCAGCAGGUCGGGGGGCUCGCCGUUCCUGCCCUUUUCCUGGUUCACAGACAGUGGCAAGGCCUCCGCGUCCUCUGGCAGCACCACCUCCCCAGGCUGUUCCCCUAAACAUGAGGGCUUCAGCCCUAAAAAGUCAGCUUCUCAGGAAUCCACCCUGAGUGAUGACUCCACACCCCCGAGCAGCAGCCCCAAGAUCCCGAGUGGUCCCCGGCAGGGGGCCAAGUGUUCCUACCCCUACCACACCCUGUCCCAGUCUUCGGAUGAGUUUCUGGAUGAACCUCUCCCCACUGUCUCCCACUGGACCAGUCAGCAGGUGGGCCAGUGGCUGCACAGCCUCAACCUGGAGCAGUAUGCCGCGGAGUUUGCUGCACGGCGGGUGGAUGGGCCGCAGCUGCUGCAGCUGGAUGGAAGCAAACUGAAGAGCCUGGGGCUCAGCAACUCGCACGACCGGGCGCUGGUGAAGCGGAAGCUGAAGGAGCUGGCGGCGGCCGCUGAGAAGGAGCGCAAGGCCCAGGAGAAGGCUGCGCGGCAGCAGGAGAAGCUCCGGCGCAGGGAGCAGGAGGCCAAGAGGAGCUAGGGAGGCUGGGCAGGCACUGGCACCUGGCCCGGGCGGCUGCUGGGCUCAGCGGGCACAGGCCACCCCGGGAGGCGGGGCCCGGGCACCAGGCUUGGGCUGGCCUGGCCCCAUAUGCUCUCAGGAGGAACACGCCCUGUCACCCUGUCGUCUGUCUGGACCCGGAUCCCCCAGAAAGGGAGACCCCCCCAGGGAGAGGGCCCCAUAGUAAAUCUCACUUCAAGGACCUGUUUGUGGCAGAGCGUUCCUGGGGGAGGUGGCAGAUUAUGGGCAGAGAGGCCAGGGCUGUAAGGGAGUCUGGGUGCCCAGAGGCCCCAGGUCCUUCUUCUCACCCUCUGCCCUCAGCCCUCGGUGGUCCUGGGGCCUUCCAGAGGCCCUGGGCUCAGAGAGGCAGGCUGAGCAUCUCUGCAGGAGCAGGCAGACAGAGCAGUUCCCUUCCAGCUCGCCAAGAGGCCUGCGUGUCGGGCGGGCUCUCUUCUGCUCCGCGGGGAGGCUGGCAGGCGAAGUGACAGGUUGUGCUCAGGGUAGAGCCCCAGUCUGUGGUCCUCAAUGGGAGACAGAGCCGAGAAGGCAGUGUGACGGGAUGACGUCAUCUUUGCAAGGACUUUAGGAGAAGGACGGGAGGAGGCAGGACCGCUUCUCCUUUUGCCCUGCCCUGCCCUGCGGGUCUCAGUGGGCAUGAUGCCCUUGCGGGUCUGCCCCUCCCGAGGCCCAUUCAAAGCCUGGUCUUUGACCCAUGCCCCAAGCUGGGCCCACCUCUGCUGCUCCCUCAGAGGCCACCUGGCCCCCUAGUGAGGACAGAGCAAACUUGGGAGUUGGCAGGGACAGAGGACAGCCCCUACCCAUGCCUAGGGGGUCCCGAACUGGUGAAUCCUCACCCAGCCAGGCAGGGGCAGAAUCUGGAAAGUCCCCUGGAAGCGGCUCAAUUGGAAAAGGCCCAUCACCCCUCUCCCAUCUGUCCUGGUCCCCCGCGGGGCCUCAGCGGGCUCCACGACUGGCAGAUGGUACAGGCUCUGGUUCUCUGGGGGCCAGAAAAAGGGGUGGUGCCAGCUCCCUGGGUGGGAGUGGAGUCUCUCUGUCGGCAGGGGUACUGUCCAGGGAUGGUGCUGGCCAGCAGCUGGCUAGCUUCUGGAACACUGGCUGGAGGUACUGAUGGGGCGGGGGGCUUCUGAUCAGAUCUCCCCUGACCUCCUCCCAUCCGCCUGGAGCAGUGGGCAGGGCCCAGUGCACCCCCACUCCUCUCAUUCCAGCUUAGGGGCUGUGGCCUGUGGGGCCACCCCUGUCCCCCGGUCUCAGUCCUUUCUUCCUCUGCUGUCCUGGGAGAGGGGCUUCAGAGGGGAUUGAGCUAGGGGGGCAGCAGCACCCAUCUUGGGGAAGGUGGAAAGCUCCAGGUCCUUGAAGCCAUCAGGAGCUAUCCGGGUGCCCACCUGCAUGUGAAGGGGGAGGCGGUGCUGUUUAUUUCAAUAAACAUGGAUGACGUGCCA